GGACAUGCGCGCUGACAGCCAGUUAUCAGUCUCACGCAAACCCUAGGCUGUCUAAAUUAUGUCUCUAAUGCGACUUUCGACAUUUGAAAAUGUUAAAAUAUCUACCUUGCAUGGGCUUAGAUCAUCCGAGACGUCCGAAUGGCAGCUUUCCAUGAGCUCCGGAGGAAACCUGUUGAUCUGAAGAUGUCAGCAAGAAAGUGGUGGUAAUUCAGCACUCAAAGAAUUGAAAAUGAUGGACACACAGCGUGCUUUGGUGGCAGUGGAGCGUCUGCAGGAGAGGCUGAGGAAGAGAGGAGAGCUUCCUGCUGAAGAAAAACUCAGUCUGCUUAAAAGUGUCUUACAAAGUCCCCUGUUCCACCAGAUACUUAUCAUGCAAGAGACUGGACAACAGCGUAAGCAGCAGCAGGUUUCUCCCAGAACAUCGUCUGCUCCUCCUCAGUCUAUGUGUGAUGACAGAGAUGUCCUGAACUCGUCUCAACCCUCCUGCACUCUGAGGUACAGAGACUCUUACCUCUCAGCACAGCGGCGUAGUGAACGUAGUCGAACAGCCAGUCAUGUGACUUUUGCCCAUUACAUCACAGAGGACAUUUCUGUACUGCAGUCCAUGGCAAAGGGUCACACUGUGCUCAGCUUUGACCUGGAGAAGGGUGAAAGCGCUUUAGGUGUCAGCAUUGUUAACCUGGCGAUUGAAAGCACUGGAGGUCAUGGUAUCUUCAUAAAGGAGAUUCAGACAGACUCUGUUGCUUACAGUGACGGGCGUCUCCAUGAAGGUGAUCAGAUUCUAGCAGUGAACGACAAGGUGUUUGAUUCCUCUGUAACUCACGAUCAGGCUGUCCAGAUUCUUCAGGAAGCUGCUUCUGUGGUAACAUUAACUAUAGCCAGAGAACCAACUCCAUCAUUCAGCACUCCAAAGCCUCGACAAAUUUAUCACGUUGAGUUGGAGAAUGAUGGAUCAGGCCUGGGAUUUGGCAUUAUUGGAGGACGGAGUACAGGUACCAUGGUCAAAACCAUCAUACCUGACGGUGUAGCUGGAAAGGACGGGAGGUUGCGCAGUGGUGAUCUUCUUCUCAGUAUCGGGGAUGUGGAUGUGUCUGAAAUGGGCAGUGAGGAAGUGGCUCAUGAGCUCCGUGUCGCUGGUACCCAUGUGAGACUCAUCAUUGCCAGAGAAAUCACUGAUAGUGACCCCUUACCUGCCUCUGCACUGCAACAGGAUACUCAGAAAAAACAGGAUACAGUUGAGCAAAAGUGGAAAAAAGGGAACACAGUGGAUAAGGAUGGACAUAUUGGCAUUGGAGGUCACAUUAUUAGCGUGGAUGGUAAAAUUCAACAUGACUGCAGUAAACGAAAUCCAGAGGAAAUUCUGCUUAUAACUGGCCAACAAGUGGAGCUCCAUCUUCCGAAAAAGUGCUCACCAUGUGAAACCCAAACAACCCCCUCAACGUCCACAAACUUCCAGAGACCCUUGACCCCUUUGGGUCUCCUCCCCCCGCCGCUGCCUCCACGUCUGCCAGAGCAAAAGCCAGUUCUGCCCCCAGGGAAAGUUUUCUACACUGAACGCCUGGACUUCAACUUCAACAAAGAGUGCUUUAGAUCAUCGCAAACCUGCUGUUUACUGUCCAAGACGGAGAGUAGAAACCACAAGUCCUCAUGCUGCAAACUGUCUGACGAUGAGGAGAAAUCACUGAAGGAAAAGUGGCAAAGCAAACUGGGUCCUCAGUAUGAAGUCCUGGUGACCCAGGUAGAGAAAUUCAUUGAGAGCAGUGGUCUUGGUGUGAGCUUGGAGGCUAAAGAAGGUCAUCACUAUAUCUGCUCAAUACUGCCAGAGGGUCCAUUAGGACAAACAGGAAUCAUACAUCCUGGAGAUGAACUGAUAGAGGUGAACGGCUUUUCUCUGAUUGGUGAGACACACAAGGAGGUGGUGAGCUUGCUUAAGGAACUGCCUAUGAAUGUUUGUGUGGUUUGCAGUCGUCUCAUCCCACCCAGAGUCAGUGAGGAAGAAGAUGAUGAUGUUCAGCUCACACUUAAGGAGCUACUUGCAGAAUUUAAUGAAAAGGCAGAGCAGAACAUAUUUGGGAGCGUCUUUGCUCUCAGAGAGGAGGAUCUGAAGUCAGAGGCUCCUGUUCUGUCCCAUCAGGCCAUGUGGGAGAACGAGAUUGAAGUUUAUGAGCUGCAGAAAGGCGAUUCUGGCUUGGGAUUCAGUAUACUAGACUACCAGGACCCUGUGAACCCAGGCCGUACUGUGAUAGUGAUCCGCUCUCUUGUACCAGGCGGCUUGGCAGAUAGAGAUGGGCGCUUGUUGCCAGGCGACCGCUUGAUGUUCGUGAACCAGACUGAUUUAAGCCACGCGAGUCUGGCUCAGGCCGUUCAUGUUCUCAAGAGCACUGCUUUGGGAACUGUACGCAUUGGAGUUACCAAACCUUUACCGGAAAAUGACAUCCAGGACACAGGAGCUGAAAUAACAGGCAACUGCCACUCAGAACAUAACCACCAGCACAGCACUUUCCAGACAAAUUCCCACUCUCAGAAGAGCAAGAUGGAGGCUGAGCCCGUCUCUAUUCCCUCUAGUGGCUAUGAGAGAACCAUAACUGUAGUCAGGGGAAACUCCAGUCUGGGAAUGACAGUGAGUGCUUUAAGGGAUGGUUCAGGCAUAAUAAUCCGCUCUGUGGUUCAUGGCGGGUCGAUUAGUAAAGAUGGGAGACUGGCAGUGGGGGACGGAAUAGUUGCCCUCAAUGGAGAAUCCACCACCAACCUGACCAACGCACAAGCCAGAGCCAUGCUGCGCAGACAUUCACUGAUCGGACCAGAUCUCAGUGUGAUGUAUGUACCUGCUGCCUUCCUGGACUUGCACAGAGCCAGUUAUUCCAAAUCAAAGGAGGAAAUGGAAAUACACACACCUGCUGCUGUCCAACACAGACACUCACAGAACCUGCCUUUUAAACCACUAGAAUGUAUUUCAGAGCAGCAGAGUGUGGUGGAUGGUAAAGGAGUGAAUGGAAAGACUCAAGCUGAAGAAGAGAACGAAAGAAUUGAUGAGCACAGCCCAAUAAAACAAAGGGAGAAUAGUAAAAGACUGGACAGAGACCAAAAGGUGAAGAAUGAAAAACCGGCCUUACAGAGUGAGAACAGACACGAACAAGAGAGAGAAAAAGACAGACAAAGAGAUGAAAAAGAGACACACGGGAGGGAUCAUACAUCAUGGUCUCAGCCGAGGAGAGUGAAAUUAUCCAGGGCCGGGGGAACGUGUCUUGGCUUCAGUGUUUUCGGAGGUCGUGGUAUGGGCAGUCGACUGAGCAAUGGAGAAAUGAGACGAGGCAUUUUCAUAAAACACAUCGCAGAGGACAGUCCCGCCGCACACAACAGCACUCUGAAAGAAGGAGACAGAAUUCUUCAGGUUCAAGGUAUAGAUGUGAGUGAUUUUACUCAUGAAGAAGCCGUUGAAGCGAUUCGUCGAGCAGGAGACAGAGUAGAACUACUAGUGCAGAGUCCUCAGUUUUCAGAGCCAGACAACUACCUAGAAGAUGACAGGAUUUCGAAAACAAAUUCUCAAAAUCAUCAGGAAUCUGAAAUCCCCAAUAAUCUCUCCCCAACCUUUCCCUUCAGUCCCAUUCCUUUCAAGCGUACAGAAGACUGGAAGCUGGGGAAGCCUCCACAUUCAGCUCCUUCCCUCCUAAAACUACCCUGUAGGCCAGACGAGACACAAACAGAUGGAGUGCAGAGGCUUCCAGAGAGACCGCCACUGCCAGAAGAGACUUCACAUGAUCACAGCGGGCAGGAGCAGACCUCAUACUGGAGCCGCAUGCAGCAGAGGUAUGGCAGUCUGCCUGGAGAGCUGCUCAUGUUUGAUCUGGACUGCAGCUCUCACGGCUCUGGACUGGGCUUGUGUUUGUCAGGAAACAGAGAUGGAGCGCGUGGCAGAAUGAGUGUGUUCGUGUCAGAGAUCACAGCAGACGGGGCGGCUGCCGCAGAUGGUCGGGUCAGAGUAGGAGAUGAACUGCUGGAGAUAAAUGGGCAAGUGCUUUAUGGACGCAGUCAUCAGAAUGCAACAGCUAUCAUCAACAAUGCUCCAGCUAAAGUCCGAAUUUUGCUCACAAGGAAUAAAGCUGUGCAGAAACAAAUGACUUCGGGGCCAGAAAAGGAGAUGGACAGCUGUCCUGAAAUAUAUCCCAGCGUGCAUAUUGAUAUGAUCGCAGAAGAUCAACAUUCAGUUUUAUCACAGGAUGGAAGGAUCACCAGAGAAGAUAAACUGAAGUCUCGCUCCUCAGAGAGCCUCAACGUUGGUCUUCCUGCUCCAAUCAAUGCCACAUCCAAUCAUCAGGCGUCCUGUCAUCCUGCCAGUCAGACGCCCAUCAGCCGCUGCAUUCCUCCUCAGUCAUCAGGCAUUUCAUCAGCAGAUGAGAGCACAGCCAAUCAGAGCUCUCGCAUCUGGCCUCACAGCACUUCUCACCGGGCACAGUGUUCUGUGAGCUCUGACCCGCUGACAUGUCCCAUCAUACCUGGCUGUAUUAAUACUGUGGAUAUCUGCAAGGGCACCACGGGGCUUGGCCUCAGCAUAGUAGGAGGCUGCAACACACUGCUGGGUGUAAUAGUGAUUCAUGAAGUGAAUAAAGAUGGUGCAGCACAUAGAGAUGGUCGUUUGUGGGCAGGAGAUCAUAUUCUAGAGGUGAACGGCAUUGAUCUGAGAAUGGCCACUCACGAGGAGGCCUUGAGUGUCCUGCGCUUGAGUCCGCAACGGGUACGAUUGAGUAUCUACAGAGACCAUGUGACAGAAAAGCACUCCAAACACACGAGCCAGAAGCACACGCCUGAGGACAUGUGGGACCUCUUCAAUGUGGAGCUAAACCUCCAACCAAGACAGGGACUGGGACUUUGCAUUGUGGGUAAAAUGAAUGACACUGGAAUCUUUGUUUCUGAGAUAACGAGGGGAGGGGCUGCAGAUGUGGAUGGGAGACUGUUGCUAGGUGACCAGAUUUUGUCGGUGAAUGGAGAGGACAUCCGAGCCGCAUCACAGGACCACGCCAGCGCACUGCUGCAGAGGUGUAGUGGGUCUGUGCUGUUGGAGGUGGCGCGCUUCAAAGCUUCAUCCCACUACUCAUAUGGAGAUCAGGUGGGUGAAGUGGACGUCCCUCUGUUCUCCUGUCUCAACACACACGAUUCUGUGGACGGGAACGUCGAUAUCAGAACUGUCACUGUUCAGAAGCAUGAGUGUGACUCUGUGGAGCUGAGAGUGAGAGACACGCUGGGACAUGCAGGAAUGUACAUCUCUAAGCUGGACGCAAGCACGCUGGCCGCACGCUCAGGACUUUUGCAGCUGGGUUCCAGAGUCAUCAGCAUUAAUGGGACACAAACAGAAAGGCUCUCAGUCGCUGAGGCAAGCUUCCUUCUGAAAAACAGCAGCGGAGCAGUGACACUGCAGGUAAUGCCGAGUGGAUGUGCAGAUGGAGCCAGUAUAAGUACAGAUCGGUCAUCUUUAAUUCACUCCUCACCUGGACUCUCAGAAAAUUACACUACUCACAACCACCAGAGUUCUCCUCAGUACCAGACCAUCACUCUUGAACGUGGCUCCGCCGGGCUUGGCUUCAGCAUCGUAGGAGGAUUUGGCAGUUCCCAUGGUGACUUGCCCAUCUAUGUCAAGAACAUAUUUCCCAAGGGAGCUGCGGUGGAGGACGGGCGUCUGCGGCGUGGAGAUCAGCUGCUGACAGUCAAUGGACAGAGUCUGGAGGGUGUCACUCAUUCUGAGGCUGUCGAGAUCCUUAGACAAACCAGCGGGACAGUUAUUCUACAAGUACUCUCAAAAAGACCACCAUCAUGCUGAUAAUGUCACACAAUGACACGGUCCCAUCGUGAAGAUUCUCACAGAGCAGAUGACGGAUUGUUAAAUGUGUUAUGGAGACUGCUUCUACCAGCUGUAUUUCUCAAAAAUGUCUCCUGGAAUGUGUAGUUUUUUAAUAUAUCUAUUUAAUUGCAAGGAUAUCUAGGAAAAAAAUGUGGAAGUAAGCUGUGCAAAGUGGGAGAAGCCAAUAGACUAGUGCUAAACCAGUGGUUCUCAUCCAGGAGGCCGCAGGAUGAUUUCAUUGUUUUACUGAAAUAUUGACGUGUUUAAUAUGUUGAUUUAAAAAACCUAAAGGUAAACUGAAAUAAUUAUCCUCUUAUUAGUCUCAAUAAAUAUAGUUUUUGAAGAAAAAUCCAAAAACACAAGAUUAAGAUGGCCUGUUAGACAUACUGUACGCAUAAAUAAUUAUACCUCUUGUUUAACCAUUAUAAAGGCACCAGAGCCAGUAUCAAAUUCAGUAAGAAUUGGUCAUGGUGAAUCACAGCUAGAUCACUGAUGUUGAAGAAAUUAGUCAAACACAAACACACGUUUAAACUGCUACAUUGUCACCUAAAAACCCACAGUGAAAAAUUCUGAGGAGAGCGUUACAAACUGUACAACAGUUAUUGUAGUGAUACUACAACAAUAUUAGAUGGCUGGCCUGGAACGACCUCUAAAGCAAUCAGAUUCAGUGCAGUUGGGUGCAGGUUUACAAUAGUCAACAUUUAAAGUCGAUCGAAACAGUUCAAACUUGUCCUAAAACAAGCAUAAGUGUUAUUCAAUAGAUUUAGGACAAUCAAAUGCGUUGAACCACUUUAAAUGUUGACUACUGUAUAAAUGCAGGUACAUGAAAUGUGCGUAUAUAUCACAGGUGUCAAACUCAGUUCCUGGAAGGCCACAGCUCUGCACAGUUUAGU